AUAAUAAUAAUUUUUUCGCGGUAUCCCUUUCAUUGUCAUACUAUACAAUUAGGCUGGCUUGUCUAGUUUAACUGUUAAAUCUUAAAUAUUAUUUUAUAUUGUUUAUCUCUUGUUUAAAAACAGCGGCUGAUAUGGUGUAAGAAAGAUCACAUUAUAAUAGUGAGCUUAACAUAUCAUCCUACGCACAGGGACAAAUGCAGCAUAUUUGUCUAUUAAUUCCUUAGGAGCCAACAGGAAAUCCUUAAAUAUGAUCAGAGUAUGUCAAACAACGGCAGUCGCAAGCGCUCCGCUCCAGCCUCGGGAAGGGCCUCUAAGGCUCGGAAGCCCCGCAAGCCAGCCUCAGACGAAGACAGCAAUGACUCGGUGCUCUCCGACCAGCCACUGGAGCCGCAGCGGGAACCAUCCCCGCUACCCGAUGAACCAACUAUCAAGUUACCUGAGGAAUUACUCAAAUCCUUCUACAAAACACCCGGAGUACUUUUGAUUAGCGGUCUUGUAUCAUGGGAUCUCGUUGCCAAAAGAGACAACAAUCCUUCAAAGAAAACCCAUCCCAAUCUGUAUACUUUUCACAAGUUUACCGAACAAAAGUACAGGCUGAUAGUGAGUGGAUGCAGUGCCGGACAUUCAAUUCUGAUUUCGGCGGAGGGCGAAGCUUAUUCAUUUGGUCGCAACUCAUGCGGUCAACUCGGCUUCGGUGACACCACGACCAGAAACAUUCCGGAGCCCAUCCCAACCCUCAAGGGUUUCAACAUCAUUCAUGCUGCCGUCGGAAGAAAUCAUAGCUUAUUUGUGACUGAUACGGGUACCGUGUACGCGUGUGGGGACAACAAAAGUGCUCAGUGUGGCCUCGGACACACCACGCCCCAGAUAUUAGUGCCGACACGCGUGCGAUACACCGGAGCUCCAAUAGUGAAGGUUGGCUGCGGUGCUGAGUUCUCUAUGAUAUUGGACUGUAAUGGGGCGCUCCACUCGUUUGGCCUACCCGAAUAUGGCCAGUUAGGUCACAACACCGACGGUAAAUACUUUGUCACAUCAACGAAGCUGUCCUAUCAUUUCGAGAUGGUGCCGAAGCACAUCGCUUUCUUCUUUGAGAAGUCCAAGGACGGCCACGUGAGCCCCGUCAAGGAUGUGGACAUAGUUGACUUCUCCUGCGGCAAUAACCACACGGUGGCUAUAGAUUCCAAGAAGCGUGCGUAUAGUUGGGGCUUCGGGGGCUUCGGUCGCCUGGGUCACGCCGAGCAGCGCGACGAGAGCGUGCCCCGACUCAUAAAAUACUUCGACUCCCAGGCCCGGGGCGUGCGCUCCGUGCACUGCGGCGCCACUUACAGUCUGGCCGUCAACGAGCACGGGGCUCUGUUUAUGUUUGGCCAAACAAAACGUACGGGUGAAGCUAAUAUGUACCCGAAACCAGUGCAAGAUUUGACUGGCUGGAAUAUUCGUAGCGUGGGUACGAGCAACACAUCUAUAGUCAUAGCCGCCGACGACUCGCUUAUAGCUUGGGGCGUGUCACCUACUUACGGUGAACUGGGUACUGGUGAUAUAAACAAGUCGACCGCUCGGCCUAAGGAGGUGACCCGUAUGGAGGGUCUCAACAUAACUCAGGUGGCUAUGGGCUAUUCCCACACUCUGCUCCUCAGCGACGACACCUCUGAUGAAGUGAAGCAGAAGCUCGCGUCUAUGCCAACCUUCAACCCUUAAGACGUGACGAGACCGAUAUCUCUUCAUUCCCGUGACGGUGUCUUAUUUAUGUAUUUUCACUUUUGAUUAUUUCGACUGUUGCUGGUUAUAAAGACUGAAUUAUUUCCUCAUCGGACCGUGCGUGGAAACAACUCCCGAGACACCUUUGUACAAUUAUAUAAGAGAAUGUAUAGCGACUUCAUAUAACCUCGAACGAAGCUAUGUACACUGUGUGCGUACUAUAAGUCGGCGCUCGCACUACGCACGCAGAGUUAGCGGUUACUCGUAAAUCUCCACGGUAUAGUAUUAACGGGAAACGGGAAACUUUACUUUUACGUUACUACAUUCAUUAGGUUUUUCUCUGUUGCUCAAACUCUUUCGGUUAUCAUAAGUUGAAAUAGCGGAGGUGAUCGCUUAACUAAUGUCACGAUUCGCUACCCCACUCGAUGUUAUACAGUCGCAUGACCGACUUCACGGAGCGCGGGUCAUGUUUUCUAUGACACAUUCCACAUCACUCCAGCGCUGUACGUGUAUUCUCGAUGAUUUUAUUCCAAUAGAUAAGCUCCUUUAUUGUUGUAAUCAAUCAAUAUAUAUAUAUAUAUUUCUUUCUCAUCUAUUUGUAAAGCAAUCGGCCAUUUUGAUGCUCACAACUUUGAAUGUCACGUGACGCAGUAUGAAAUAUUAUUUAGUACUUAAAAAUAGUAAUAAUUUCACAUUAUAUAUAUAUAACUAACUAUUCAUGAACGGCCGAUGGACUUAGAAAAAUAUACAUUUAAUUCCAUUAAGUAGUCUGUUGAUAUAUAUAUACGGUUUAGGUUGUGUAAGGUUUUAGUUAUAAGCUUAGUACUAACUAUGUGUUUGUUCGUGUACAACCUCGGUAGUACUCACGCGAGUGAUGCGUGAGUGUGCACCGCUCCUAAUGAUAUCCUAUAUUCCUGUUACCUCAUUAUAAGCGGGCCGCUGAGUUCAGCCCGCGUACCUCAAAGCUCGGUGAAUACACUGCCUUAUAUUAUGUUCGUCUCUAUCAAGACUAGUUUUUUUUUUUUUAUCUACAGAUCUUUUUUCGUACUGUACUAGAAUAAUAUUUUCUAUGUAAUUUUUGAUAUGUUUUUGAAUAUUUUUGAACAUGUCCAGCUUCGUCCGCCGUAUUGAAUCUUAGUAUACGAUGUUUAUUGUAGUUGUAUGUGUGUAUGGAACUGUUCUUGUAAGCGUUUUCUACGAUUUUAUUGUGAGGUGACUCAUGUCUACGGUUUAAGGGUCUUUUCAAUUUACUUAUAGGCUAUAUGUUAUAUUGUAAUUAAAUGUCUAACAUUGUAUUAUCGGCUGGGCUGUACCCAUUCGUCUGUACUCUAUAGUGAACAUUCCAAUCACUUGUAUCUGUGACCAGCCGACGUAUUCUUUUCACUCCUGAUAUGUAUUGAACGUACUUACUGUUAGUGUAAAGUUGAUCUAAACAAUUAAUGUUAACUCGUACUAAAGAACGAUUGUGAACCAGACUUUUUUGACGUCGUCUUCACAGUUAACUAACCAAACUUGAGAGCACUUUUUUUUUGUUCUUAAAUAGUUUUAAACAAUUAAUUCAUUAUAAUAAUUUUUUAUUAUUUUUUUUGACAAAGUUUUGAUGUUCAAAUGACCAGAGCUCUUCUAUGUCACAUUACUUACGAUAAUUUGAAUAAUUUUAAUGUAACUUUAUAAUAACGGGUAAACUGAUUUCUUUGUACCAUCCUUGCCAACGAUAUUUGGAUUAAAUAAGUUUUUAGUAA